AUGUCGGCCAUGGCAUCCAACAGCGAUAGGACCUCUACAGGCAGCUCUGCCUAUGCCGACUCUGCGAAAUACGCUUCGUGGGCCAGGAGUAGCGAUGCUGGCAGCCGUAGAGGAAAAGACAGGGAUGACACCAACAACUUGACCGUAUCCCGCCGUCGUCCGCUCAAGUCAGGAGGCUUUUUGAUGGGCAACCUCUUCCAACCAAGGGACAUCGAGGAUGACAAGAUCGACUCUCCGCCCAGGUCGUCCAAAUCGACCGACUCGCCAUCAAAGCCCACCAAGUCAACGCCGUGGAUGCCCUCACGACUGGGCCAAAAUGUCUCGAGCCCAAACAACAGUCCCGCCCAGCCUCUUCCCGUGCCGCAGGCUUCUUUGGACCCGACGCAGCUGGUACAGAUGGCCCUCAGUCUGAGCGAAGGUCGUCGCCGCCAUGUCAGUGCCAGUCUGCAGGUCCCUGCUCCUUCGACCGACAAGCGCCGUGUACGUUCCAGUGGUCCGCCUGCCAUCCAUGUUUCUGCCGGAUCCCCUAUGGGCAACGACCUUCUUCAACCCAUCUCCCCUGGCGACUCUGCUUCACGCCCUUCCACCGAGCACGAUUCCGUCUUCACACCUGGUCAAGACGUCGACUAUGACUUCUCGCAGGCCACCAUCCACCGCGCCGACCGAGCACGCAAGUUCUUCGAGCUGUCUUCCCAAUACAGACGCUUGUUGACAAAUCUCCCACCUCUGAAACCUACCGUCUCUGCUUCGUCUCCACGCUCCGAGAGGAGUCAGAAAGAGUUGGAAAGAGAAUACAAUCCGCUGCAGCUAUUACGAAAUCGCAAAGCCCGUCAUCGCGAGCAACGACCUCUUGAUCCUCCCAUCGAAGCCUACGAAGACUUGGCCAAAGUCAAGAGCUACAUCGACGAGAUCGAGCAUGAAGCUAGCGAUCCUACCUACCGUUCCACCUUGGACUCAUCCCUCCUUCCAACCUUCCGCCGACCCAGCCGAGGUCAGGAUGAUGCUCCAAACCAAGUUACUCGCUCCCACAGGCGUACCGACACAGCUGCGACCAGGAUCACCCGUUCCGAAACUGACUGGUCUUUCACCCCUGCCGAACUGUUGGCCGACGCUGUUUGGCUGCUACAACCUGGGAACAGAGCUUGCAUAGAGAACAGGCACGGUCAUCGAGUAUUCCCACAACAACCGCGCUCAAGUUUCGAGAGCACGAGAAGCGCCAGGAAAAGUGCCGACAGCAGACCUUCCAUGUCGCGCACAAACACUUGGGGCAGUACCCUAAAGAGUGAUGAUGAGACGGAUCGAGGUCGCAUCAGAUCAAAGUUCCUUUCUCUACGACAUGGCGACAACUCGGCCCGCAAGCACUUGUUCAGAAACAGAUCGCGUUCAAGUAGCAUGUCCAGUGCCACUUCAGCUCGCCCCUCGAACCGCAAGAAGCAGUUCUUGGGCCCUGGAAACGCUCCAGAUCUUGACAACACCGGUCCAUUAGAGCGCCAGAUGAAAAAGUUGAUUGAGAAAGAGACGUUAGGCAUCGAACCAGACUCUCCUGAUUUCAUCUCGCCAGACAAGUGGGAUAGAGGCCAUGAACAGCCAAAUGAGAAGUCAAGUGCCCCAUCAACUCUAGCUGAUAGUCCAUCGGUCAACAAUCACAAACGAAACGACUCGUCCAAGACCGAUGAACCCAACGAUCAUACUCGGCCUUCUUUUGACGAUUCUACCGCCCCUAGCUCGCCCACCGUCGCCAAUCACAUACCUUCGUUUGGUAUGAGUCUAUCGCCUCCCACAAGUCGCCAAAGCUCGCCGGAGAGAAAGUUCGGUUUGUUCAGGUCCAGCAGGAAUGCUUCUGACGACAAGGUCCACCGUACAGACUUCGCGACCCCCACUCUAGCCAGUCUGGCCAGUUCACGCAACGUCAGCGAUAAUGUUGAUCCGCCUCGCUCCAGUUUUGACUCCUCACGGCCUCCGGUUCCAGGCAUCAAGCGGCACAAAACCUCCAGUAGUAUCACCAGCACAUUUCUCAAUCCAGGUCGCCGUAUGUCCAAGGAUGUCGGCGUUGGUCGUUUCUUCAAGGGUGGCCGCAUUGGAGACUUGGUACGCUCGGAUAGUUCUCGUCAGAGUGAAAGGUCUCGCAAGAAAGAUCAGCAGGUCACUUCAGACAUGUCUGACUCUGAUAUGGAUACCGAAGAACAAGACGAGAACCGACCUCGCAAGGUGCCACCCGUGCACAGAUCAAACUCUAUCCUAGUUGGCGCUACUCCGAAGCAAAAAGAACAGGAGCGGCAAAAGCUGAACAACUUCAACUUGCCGUCCUUCAGACCAGUCAACCAAAUCGCGGAAAGCGAUGCAGAGGAGGGCCACAUUGCUCGGCAAAGCAAGUUACAUAGAGAAGAGAGUAGAUCUUCUAGGUUUGAUAGGCUGGCCCCACCUCGCAUCAAUCUUCCACGAGAGAAGUCGCCAUCAGUAUCACCAACCCGAAGAACACCUAUCUCGCGCUACUCGAGCGAUGGAGGCGAUCGCAAUGAUCAAGACCUCCUAGGUCCCCUUCGCAAGACUCGCCAGCCCGGUGGCUUCGAGACAGGUUUGUCAACAGUCGAGAACGCGACACCUUCGCAAUCACGACAGACUUCGCCUUCCAAACGUCAUUGGAGCAUUUCAGACCGCCAUGGUGCUGAUCUUGAAGCGGAGCCAACAAUGGUAACCUCGCUUGAUAUUGCGCGCAUACGCGCUCUCUACCUCAGCAGCGGAAUAAAAGCUCACGAGAUCGUACGGCGCGUUAAUAGUACGGCCGACCCGCCAUCUCAAUUCUACGUCGCUGCAGCAAAAACGUCAGGCCAGAGCACCAACCCUGUCUGCGUCAAGGAAGAAUUCAAUCUCGCUGCGCGAAUGCUACACAAGACUAUCAAGGAUCAAACGACAAGCCUCUCCAAGCAACUUUCCUCUUUUCGCGAGAACCAACUUCCUGGCCUGCACGACAGAUUGGCAGACUUGCGAAUCAAGGUGGACGAGAAGUUUACACCUCUCGUACAUUCUACCGCCGAUGAAGCAGAUGCUUUCACAGUGGCGCUCACCACACAGCACACGCUAGCAAUCAAGCAAGUCAACGAUGCCAUUGACAAUGUGCUCAGGCGCCGCAGGAGAAAAUUGAUCUUCUUGCAAAAAGCUUCGUUCACAGUACUGGAAUGGAUUGUUCUGGGUCUGCUGUGGGGAGUGUGGUUUGUGGUCAUCAUUAUCCGCUUCUUCAGGGGCAUUUUCUCCGGUGCUGUCAGCGGGGUAAAAUGGAUGCUCUGGCUGUAG